GGGAAAGAUACAUGGGAGUAGAAGUAUGGAUUGCAGUUGAUGUGACCAGCGGUCAGGCUGACAGUCUGGCUGUGAAAAUUCACAAUAUCUUGUAUCCUUAUCGUUUCACCAAAGACAUGGUUCAUUCAAUGCAGGUUCUUCAGCAAGUGGACAAUAAAUUUAUCGCUUGUUUAAUUAACACUAGGAAUGGAAUGGAAAACAAGACAGAUGGAAACCUCUUGAUUUUGGUGGACCAACAUGCAGCUCAUGAACGGAUCCGCUUGGAGCAGCUGAUUGCAGAUUCCUAUGAGAAGGAAGCUGCAGCAUGUGGCAAGAAGAAAAUACUGUCAUCCUCCAUCUCUCCCCCUUUGGAGAUUGAAGUUACUGAAGAGCAAAGAAGAUUUCUACGAUGCUGUUACAAAACUUUGGAGGACUUGGGUCUUGAAUUAUCAUUUCCUGAGACAAACAACUCCUUGAUUCUUGUGAGGAAAGUGCCAAUGUGUUUUAUAGAAAGAGAAGCCAACGAACUACGACGGAAAAGACAACCUAUCACUAAAAGUAUUGUGGAGGAGCUUAUUCAAGAACAAGUUGAGCUAUUGCAGACCACAAGAGGAGGAGCACGAGGGACACUGCCUCUGACGUUUCUGAAGGUGUUAGCUUCCCAGGCUUGUCAUGGAGCUAUUAAGUUUAAUGAGCAUUUGACUUUGGAGGAGAGCUGCAGGCUUAUUGAAGCUUUGUCAUCUUGUAAGCUACCCUUCCAGUGUGCUCAUGGAAGACCUUCAAUGCUGCCUCUUGCAGACAUAGACCAUCUACAGCAGGAAAAACAGCCUAAACCCAAUUUGACUAGACUGAGGAAGAUGGCACGAGCAUGGCAGCUAUUUGGACAAAAAAAAGAACCUAUUAAAAAAAAAAGUUAAAACUGUAAACUGCAACCACCAGAAGCAUUGGUAUGAUCCAUGAUCCUGUUGUUAGACUACACUACCCUGUGUGGAGCCAGGUUCUGAGCCAGUGCAGUCACCAAAGCUCUCCACCAACUACUGACCAAAGAAGCAGAGACCAACCAGGAGAACAUGGCAGGAGGAGCCCACCCUUGGAGCCUGGAGAAGCACCUUCCACCUUAAGGAACAGCGCUGUAAGUCUGGGUGCUAUGUCAGUGCUGGCCUGCGGCGUGCAAGGAGCUGCAGCCACUUGCAGGUACUGAAGCAAAGCACUUUUCUGCAAGCACAGCAUAAUUCUGUGUAAUAGAGAGGGGAAUUUUAAUUAGUGUAUUUUAUAGUACUUUGAAAAUUGGAAGGUAUUUCUUAAUAAAGUUCACACUCAACUCA